AUGUCGCACCAAGAGUUUGCUGUUAUCUGGGCGACUUUACAAGGUCGACUCGACAUCAACAACCUUGUACAGGAACUUGUUGGCCGCUAUCAGUUGGAAAUUGGCAAAUCUGGGAACGCUCGCGAACGGUUACACGAGAUAGCCUUCCAACAUGUAGUAACUUUGCGGAUUAUUUUCGACCUUAAAGGACUUAUCUUCAAUCCUCAAACUCAAGCCCGGAGACAAAAUCCUGCCUUCUAGAUACCGAGAUAUUGUUCAACGUUUUAUCACAUUUACUGGACGUGAAGUCUACAAUUUUCGGCACCAACGAUGGUGCCCUUCCCUUAGAGGACGCUCGUCACAGCUACAUAGGCCAGACACUACUUUCCGGACUACGAGCUCUUCUGCUCCGAAAUAAACGUCUUUCACAAGAGGAUUAUGAAUUAUUUAAUACAAAGAUUGAAGAAACAUGGGGUGGGGAUGAUCUUGAAGAUGUUCACCAUUUUAUUGUAUAUCAACUGUGUCGCGGAAUUUUGGCAGAGUUGAACACCACUUCGCCGGCCUUUAGGGGGUCAGAACCCGCUUGCGGGACAGUUUUACUGCCAGACUUUCACAAGGGACUUGUAGGUAUUCAGCUCGUUCUAACACCAUACUUAUUAACAUCUCCAGUAUCCCAUAGAAGAGCGCAACAAUGCAGUUGUCGAUGCUGUUCGACGGACUAUGGGACCUACUCAGAGUCUAACAGAUUGGUUCCACAAUGCACUGGUAUUGUAUGAUACAUUUUGGCUACCAAUGUUGCCACAAACCAAUUUUGCUUGAACGCUCAAGUCAGGAGAGAAUCUGGCAGAUGGUCCUUUGCCGAAGAGGCUCUCCUAGCAACCAAUUCUAAUCAUAUUCUUACCCCCCACCUCGCGAUGCUCGACCACCUGUACCAGGAUUCGCCGAAAGAUACUUCUCCAGGAACGGUAGAAUGGGCUCGUCAGCAAAUCAAGAGCUUGGUCUGCUUAAGUAUUUGUACGCCAUGUUUCAAGCACGAAUGCAAGUGCAUGAGCGAUAGCCCUUCGAGCCUACAAGAUCUGGUAUGUCCAAAAGACGAACGAAGAUAGCAAGUGUUACCUACUAAUAAAUAAACUUCAGUGGCUGCGCCGUGGCGGUACCCAAACUCUUACAAAUGUUGACCAAUAUAUUCCUAGGAAUCACACGCUUGAAAUGAAAUAUAUUCUCAAGCAAAUUCGUGUGGACUUAGAUUCCCGCAAUGCUAUGUUCCCAGACUUGAACAGAGAACUACGCCUGAUAUAUGAGCGGAUACUCAAUGAUACCAAGGAAUGGUGCCCAGGUAGCGCAACCUCUAAAAUGGAAGAGAGCCGGGACGGGCAUUGUAUAGAUGAUGUGUAUAUUCUGAGUUGCUCUGAGCUACAUACCGUUUCAGCAGGAGAGCUGUUAUUCAGCAGAGAAAGCCCAGAUGCCGAAAAGAAGCAAGAAAAAUUACCGGCAGUAUGUUCAUAUUGAUACACACCUGCCUAUUUGAUAAAACGCAAGGGAUAUUGUUGACUUUUGCAUGCAGUUUAUUCCACGCACAAGCUGCAGUCAAUGUAUAUGGUAUUCGGACAAACUUUCUGCUCGGAGAAUUGAGCCUCUAUCAGAAAUAUCAAAGUACAUAGAAGAAAGGCUAGAGUUGCACUCAAAAGCGGUCAGUAUCGGGGGCGAUAUCUUUGCGAAAGUUCCACACACACAACCGUUACGCCUCAAUUUGAAGCAAACCUUGAGUCUUAAAAGUGGCGGUGACAGACGCCAGGCGCAUAUUUAUGAGCCGGGCGACAGCUCCUCUCACAAGUUACGUAUGAGCGGGUAUUCAGAAAGUUCGUAAUCCACAACACCCCCAAACUCAGCGAAUACAACUGGAUCAGCCCUGCGGCCAAGCGAACUCCAGACCCCAACUUUUGCAACUUUUAGCUCAGUUAGUGAUAUAACUGAUGAAGACUUGUCCUACUUUCCUUUACCACCCUCUCACCCUCCACGGUCAACAAUAGUGCCAGUCGAAUACUCAACCCUCCCUGAAGUGGCAGAGGUACCCGAGCCCAAGAAAGUCUUGCCUACGCCAUCAAUUCUUUCGGAAGGUUCAUCCCUAACGCCGACUGCAAGUCAACGAAAGUUAGACAGGCGUCCGAAGUGGCCUUUCUUCAAAUCGAGUCGUGAUUUAUUAUUUCCCGCUUCAUCAGCACCUUCUACAGCAUUUUACACUUCUGGAAGAAGUCUCAUUUUGUGGAAUGAUUUCGGUGUCGGCGCCUACGACCUUCAUAGCGUGCCUGCUUUGUCGCUCAGUAGAAUCACUACCGGAGAUAUUCUGGCAUGAUUAUCUAAACUAACGCUUCGAUAGGCUAUAAUGGUUAGAGUGUUUGUAGAGAAUGUGAGCGAUCCUGCACACGAGUUUGAGGUGGAGCAGGUGCCUGUUAAACUUGCCGUCUCAAACAACGAUCAUUACAUUGCUAUCAAGUUCGAAAAUUAUGUUCGGAUACUCGAUACCUUGAAUGGUACGACGUUCCAUCACAAACUUGCAGCACAAACGGGGCAAUCUGGUGCCAACGAUCAUUUAAUCGCUUUCUCCACAGACGACCUUUCAUUUAUUGCAUCCACACGACACGAGCCAGAAAAGGUAGUUUCAUAUCUUUGCGAAUGUCAAAGUCCUGCAAAUGGCAAGACAGUCGAGAGCAGUGCGCCCUAUGUAAGCAAUCGCGCGAUUAUAAAUACCAGAAAGAUUCUCAGAGAUUUUACACGAACCCGGUGUUAUGAAUAUAAGCUCACAAGUUAACAGGGUCUUGUUGGUGAUUAUUGACUAUCGUCCGUUGUCUACUCAAACCAAUCCGCACUACUCACUACCUAUACGGAAAAAGGAUACCCUGCUCAACUUACAUUAUCGCCACAUAAACCCUCAAGUCGACUCUUGCGUGAUAAACACCAACAAGUGGGAUCUAGAAGACAUCAGGCCGCGCUGUGUUCCACGGGUCAAAACCUUGCCAUGAUUAACGAUCGGAAUGAGAUAUUUUGGAUGUCAGAUCCAUUUCGCUUGCCUGGGAAGCAAGAUCCUUAUCGGAUAGGGACUGUGAAACGAGCGAAGUCUGUCAAACGAGAAGUGGAAAUUGCGCUUCCAAGACAGGAUGAAGUGCAUAUAUUUUGGUGCGAAAGGGGUCAUGGAGUUUUGAUUACUAUGGAAAAGAAUGGCGGGAAGAGCAAACCGACAGAAGUCAAUCUUGAUAUGUCGCAGCUUUUCGAGCAGUUUUAA